GAAAAGACAUGGUUUGACCUUCAAGAAUGGGCUGUCAUUUAUAGUGCUCAAGUCCCAUAAUUUUCGAUGUGUAGAAGACAGAAUACAUCGCUUUUGAGACACAAGUGAAUGUCAGAAAGGGGAUUCUGCUGUAUGUUAAGGUAUUUUUGUUAACGAUCCAAGUUUUUUUUUUCCCCCAGAUGCUUCCAAGCCACAGAGCUUGAAGAAUAAUGACUUCAGAGUUGGAAAAUGCGCUUGAUGAUGCAUUCAAGAGCAGAGACGUUUCAGCUCUGAAUGGAUUCCUGCUAAGGACCACAAAUAAACCUACUACCAUAAAAUGUCCCCAACAGUUUCUUACCAAACUGGAUAAACUUAUCACCGAGAGCUUGGAUAAAAAAGAUUCCAACACAGCCUGUGGAGGUCUAGCAAUUCUACACAAGUGUGGGAGGAACCUCAGAUUACCUGAUGGAUGUCAAGGCCUGCCAGGAAUAAUAGCUCAAGGCCUGAUAAAAAAGAUGGUUCAGUGGUUUGAGAAAUGCAAGAAACUGUGGAUUCAGUGCAGGCCACAGUGGGAUGAGUCUUUGUCCAGACUUUCUGAAGACUUCUUUGAUGCUGUAAUGGUGGUCCAUGAAGCGUCCCAAGAAGGGGUUUAUGGAAUUACUGAGUCCUUCCUGUAUCCUAUUGGCCAGUUGGUAGUCGAUGCCAGAAUUUACAUCAUAAUCAAAAAGGAGGCAAUCCGUAAAUUUAACAUGUUUCUGGAAAAAAUCCCGGUGGUGCUGAAGAAAGAAAAGAAGAUGCUGACCUCACAGGAGGCCUCAGAUAUUAUGACCAAGUUGGCCGGUCAGAUAUCGCAUUGUGGGGAUUAUGACUUUCAGAUAGCUUUGAUUGAGGCAUUGUUCCGAAUGACCACUCCCGACGAGAGAAAGGAACUGACGGAUCACUGGUUCAGCAUGGCUCAUGUGGCCGGUGCUUUUGUCCAGAUCCAAGUUUCUGAGUUUGAGGCGGAUUGUCGCAGGUUUCUGAACUUUGUGAAUGGAAUACAGGGAGACAGAAGAAGAGUUCAUUCCUUACCAUGUUUGAAGGUUUAUUUGGACAAGUUUGAGCUGCUGAUGCCCGUGGAUGAUAAAAUGAAAGAAUUCUGGAUUGACUUCAACCUUGGCAGCCAAUGCAUCUCUUUUUACUUCUCAUGUGCUGAGGAGAAGUCUCAGAUAGGUCUGUGGGAUACAAUAUGCAUCAGUGACAAUGAAGUCCAAAGUUACACUGUUACAGAGAAGGGAAAGAGACAAGUUUUAAAGUUGCAGCUGUCAGAAGUGGUUAUGGUGGGUGUGGUCCAAGGAUCAAGUCUUGCUAUCCACUUCAGCUCCGCCUUGGACAUCCUGCAAAUUGUUGGUUAUGUCUAUGGAAACAAAAAGAACAAAAGCAUGGUAGUAAAGACAUCUGUUGUAGAGACGACAGUAAACGUUAUCAUGGAAGAGGGCAACCCCCAGCAGGCUGUUGUUCCAGAGAGUCAGCUGUCCAUUGGUGACAGUGACAAAAACACUGUCUCCUGCCUUUUGCAUGUGCGGCCUACAUCAGCACAGACCCCUGCCAAGAUGAGGAUUUCAGAGUCGACCAUCUUCAUCAACAGCAGUUCCAAAGGGAGUGUACAUGAGGCCAGCUUCCUUUCAGGUGGAAUCCCAUCAAGGAAACCAUCUCUGGAGAUGUUUCCUGCUUCUGAUAGAAAGAGAGAAAGUAACCUUGCAGAAGAAAAGACCUCUGACAAAACCUUCAACCGUGGUCCUUCACCUAACAGCACUAAAUCAGGUGGCAAGAGAAAACAGAACAUACCAGUGAUAACAACAGGAAUGAUGCUAGCAGGACAGGGCACAGAUCAGUCUCAGGAGGAUUGUUUUGUGCCUGACACUCAGCCUGUAACUGAAAGAAAUGAGUCUCACUGGAGCAAAAUGUCAGUUUCAGAAAUACUCAUGAUGCCUACACAGAAAAUUAGUUAUCUGCCAAAGCCUGAGCUAUGUUCAAAUUUGGCAAAGAAGCAGAAGUGCCCCUCAUCUGCUCCAAAGAUUCCAGACCCAACUCGUAUAAAGCAGGUUUAUACCCAAUCCACACAGCAGCCACAAGAGGUCGUCAGGCGGAAAAACCCUGAUCUUGGACCAAAGGAAGCUACCAGAGCCAUGACUUUAAGGUCUGAUGGAAAGGGCUCUACAGGAAAACACAAUGGGGACUCAUCUGGUUCCAAGCUGCGCAAAGAGGUACAAACCCAAGGAAAAGAUCUGGACAAAAAAAUGAGCAGAGGCAAGCCAUCAUUGGUGAACGACGUCCUGUCAGUCAAAGCUCCAAUCAAGGCAUCCAUAUACGACCAGGAGAGAACACCAAAUGAGAGAGAUGCAAGGGUUGCAGGUAGCAUGGUGAAACUCAUCUCAAGCCAUUAUACUCGGAACAACCAAACCAAAGAAAAAGUUGGAAGUGUUCCUCAGCGCUGGAUUCCAUUUACUGUUAACAGGCCACUCUUUAAUAUGAGCUGGGUUUCAACUGGUAAAAAAAAUGUUGAAGCAGGAGAUGUAACGAAAUCUGACAGUAAGGAUGAAUCAAAUUUUACUAACAAGAGGAAAGAUGUGUUUGCAUUUAGUAUUGAUGAACCAUUCAGUGUUGGGGGAAGAGACAAAAUACUCAUUGACAAAUCUGCAAUAUCAAGCAAAGGCCUUCAUGACUCUUCAGUGCACCGUAAAACAACCGUGAAAAGACAACCUGCAGCAAAACUGAAGAAGAGGCAACUGUUCAGUGAUACAGAUACAGACUAUGGCACUACCGAUGUCAGCUGGCUGAGAGAGUCGAGCAAGAAACCAAAAAUAAUUACUUAUGGCCAAAAGCAACCCAUCACGUCCAAAGCAUUGCAGCCUUAUACUUCAUAUGAAUCCCCGAUUUUACCACCAUGCCCCCCAAAACCUGGUAAAAGCAAUACAAGACUCAACAAGAACAUACCUAAUGUGAGGAAGAUGGAACAUUCAAAGAGUGUGAAGAAAUCCGUGGCAACACCUGGCAGACCCUGCAGUGCUAGAAAGAGACCUCAGCGAGCUGCAGCCUCUGCUAAGAACUACAAGGAGCCAGACACGGAUGAGAGCCAGUCAGAAUCUGACAAAUCUUUAGCAACUAAGAACAAGUACAAGGAUCGACCGUCAAACACUGACAAGACUAAUGAGGUUGGUCAAAUGAACAAGACAAAGGCCAAUGGAAAGUACACAACUAAAACCUAUAAGAAGCUCAAGGAAAACCCUUAUGGCUGCCCGUCCAAGUCCAUGACUGAGCGACAACCUCUUUCAAAGAUACACAAAAUGAUUCUUCAUGGCAACAUGUCCAACGGGGCAAAGAUUCAAGCCCGAGAACAGGCAAACAUGUCAAAGUGUCCUCCGUCCCACCAGGCCUCUCCUCCCUCUAUUGACAAGAUGCGGUUAGAUGCAAGGUCCAACAAGUCCAUGGAUAUCCCCUGCUCUCUUCUUCUCAGCCUGCGAGGGUCCCCACUCUGUUCCUCCCCAAAUCUUCCUUGCCAGGAAACCUCACCAAUCUCCAGGCUACCUAAACCUCACUCCACAUUCAGCAACAAAAUAGCCUCUUUCUCCUUAAGUGCAAUAGCACCCAAGGCAAUAGAGAGAAGGAUAAGCGGCACAGAAGAUGGAUGGAUGGAUGGAAGUCCGAUCCAACAGCGAUGCUCCUCUCCUCAGUCUCCCCUUUCGCUGUCUCCCUGUCCCCAGUUGACAUCCACAAAGCUGCCAGCCAUCUCCUCUACUCCCCACUUAACAUUCCCUGAAGCCAACCUAAGCCAUCACCUCCACUGUGGCUUCAGUCAGACAUCUAUUGUAUCUCAGUUUUCCCUGAGUCUGUCAUCUGUGUGCUCCAGUAGAUUUCAGCAAAGCCCAAUCGCUACACAGGCAGUUUGUCAGAAAACGGAGAAAACGCCCCAGUCAGACAAAGAUUCUACACAUACCCAUGUCUCAGGACCCAGUCGAAAGCGCAGCAUCCCAUUGUCCAGUAGUUCUGAGGAGGAGGAAGAAGAGAGACAGAAAAAGAAAACUAGAAGGAAGUGCCCUUCUCGUUUAAAACCUCGCAGGUUGCUCAACUCCUUUGCUGAGGUGUUGGCUGAAGGUGAGAUGAGCCAGGUGUUGUCCACCUCCUUCACAAUGUCGUCAAAUCAUUGGGAUGCAGAUGUGGAAGAUCAAGACAUGGAGGUUUUAGAGUUACCGGAUGUCUUAGUUAACCCCAGUAAACUAUGUCAGCAAUUCAGCUCCGAACUAAAGAAGAAGUUCCAGAAUCGCUUCAAAAUUAUGGAUGGUUACAACAAGCAGGGAAUUAAAUCUGUCCAGCAACAUGUCUCCUCUUUCAGCUUGCAACUUGGCAAACACAGAACUCAGAAGUUUGAAGAAAUCAAGGAAGUCCUCCUGGAAGAGAUCUACAAACUGGAGCAGGGGACCGCUUUGCUGAAUAGCAUGGAGAAAGACCUAAGUAUGUACUGGAAAAAGCAGUGUAUAUCUUUCCAGACUUAUCGAGAGGAGGAAACCAGGAGUCAGGAGGUCCUGAAGAGAACCCUGCAGAGUGACAUGUGUCCAAGCCUGGAGUAUGAGGAGCGAUUGUUCACAAACCAGGUGGCUCUGAUUAGGAAAGACUUAAAAACAAUUCAAGAAAGACUCCUCAAAAAGAUGCAAGAGGAGGAGUUGCAGAGUGUGAAGAGAAGUCUGCGUGCGCUGCUCUUCCCUGAUGGAGCAUCUGAUUGAUUGUCUUCCAGAGGUGUCAAAGCAUUAAGGUUCUGUAAGCCACCACAUACUGUGAUGUUAUGUUCAUGAUGUGUGAUGACUUUUUUUUCCCAUAUGUUUAUAUGAUAUUUGAUAUUUGUUAAAUGUAAUCUGUCCUUGUUCUCACAGAAGUUGUUGUAAAAUUCUGCAUUUUUAAUUAAAUAUUGAGACAUGUUUAAAAAGA